AUGGACACCCAAGCUUCCUCUUUCUCUAGUUUCCAAUCUUACCUCCGGGCCCUUGUCCACACCCCAGGACGCUUGGCUCGGCGUGCAGGCUCUGUUUCUACCCCAUAUGAAGAGUUGAGCAGGGUGAGGGCCCGUUCUGGCUCCGACAUGCAGAGGAGCCUCCGUUGGUUUGACUUGGUUGGGCUGGGAAUAGGGGGCAUGCUGGGAGCUGGUGUGUUCGUGACCACCGGCAAAGCCAGCCGCCUCCACGCUGGCCCUGGCAUCGUAAUCUCUUAUGCCAUUGCUGGCUUCUGCGCCCUCCUCUCCGCCUUCUGCUAUACGGAGUUCGCCGUUCACAUGCCCUUGGCUGGCGGUGCCUUCAGCUACCUCCGAGUUACCUUUGGGGAGUUUGCCGCAUUUUUGACUGGAGCCAAUCUGAUAAUGGAGUACGUGAUGUCAAACGCAGCGGUGGCCAGAAGCUUCACCUCUUAUUUGGGUGCCGCAAUUGGUAUAUCCACAGCAAAAUGGAGAUUCACGGUUCCAGGACUCCCAAAAGGGUUCGACGAAAUUGACGUGGUGGCUUGCACCGUCGUAUUAAUCAUCACUCUCAUCAUCUGCUACAGCACAAAACAAAGUUCGGUGGUGAAUAUGAUACUUACCGCAUUACAUAUCCUUUUCAUAGGCUUUGUAAUAUUCAUGGGUUUUUGGAGAGGGGAUUGGAACAAUUUCACGCAUCCAGCAAACCCCGACAAUCCAUCCGGUUUCUUUCCCCACGGACCCUCCGGUGUCUUUAACGGGGCAGCCGCGGUUUAUUUGAGUUACAUUGGAUACGACGCCGUCUCCACCAUGGCUGAGGAAGUCCGUGAUCCCGUCAAGGAUAUUCCCGUCGGGGUGUCGGGCUCCGUAAUCAUCGUUACCAUUCUCUACUGCCUCAUGGCCGCUUCCAUGUCCAAGCUCCUCCCUUACGACAUGAUCGAUGUGGAGGCGCCGUUUUCGGCGGCGUUCAGUGGGAGAUCGGAUGGCUGGGAGUGGGUGUCGAGGGUGAUAGGGGUGGGGGCCAGCUUCGGGAUACUGACGUCGCUGUUGGUGGCGAUGCUGGGGCAGGCUCGGUACAUGUGCGUCAUCGGACGGUCCAGCGUGGUCCCCGCCUGGCUCGCCAGGGUCCACCACAAGACAUCUACGCCUGUCAACGCCUCCGCCUUUCUUGGAAUCUUCACAGCUGCAAUUGCCCUUUUCACAGAUCUAAGCGUCCUCUUGAACCUUGUAUCCAUUGGCACACUGUUUGUGUUUUACAUGGUAGCAAAUGCAGUAAUCUACAGGCGUUACGUUGUGGUGGGCACAACGAAGCCAUGGUCUACAUUAUCUUUCCUAUGCUUACUGUCCCUCACAUCCAUUAUCUUCACCCUACUGUGGCAUUUUGCACCGCCAGGCAAGCCCAAGGCCUUUGUACUAGGCACUUGCGUUGUAAUUGCAAUAUCCAUAUUACAGAUAUUUCGUUGCAUGGUACCACAGGCGCGGAAACCUGACUUCUGGGGUGUCCCUUUCAUGCCAUGGCUACCAUCUAUAUCAAUCUUCCUGAACAUAUUUCUGAUGGGGUCUCUGGGUGGACCAUCCUAUGUGCGAUUCGGAUUCUUUUCGGCUCUAGCAGUGCUCGUAUACGUCUUAUACAGUGUGCAUGCUAGCUUUGAUGCCGAAGUGGAUGGCUCUUUCGGUCAAAAUAAUGGUGAAAUCCGUAAAGAAUCAGCAGAAAGUGAACACCCCAGUCACAAAGUGUAAAAACUUUCUUUUGGCUCGCUUUUCUUUUUACUCAUCUUCUUUAUUCCCUCUAAAAACCCUUUUUUGUAUGUUGAUGAGUACUUAGCAAACUGAGAUAAAACGAAAAAGGAAUGGAAUAGAAUAGGAUAAAAUAGAAUAGCCUGCAGAAAAUCGCCAACUUGUAUAGUUGGUCCCUUCAACUAGAACUAAGCCUCGGAUUCUCAUCUUUUGUACAUUGUUGUGCUUGGGUUCUAAUAGGAAACUGGGCAUUAAUUAAUGAGAAGCUAAGCAAGCAAUGACACACAGUUUUACACCUUU